AUGGAAACGAUAUUGGAACAACAACGACGAUAUCACGAAGAGAGGGAACGAUUGAUGGAUGCAAUGGUGAAAGAGAUGUUGCACAGAAAGACAGGUCAUCGCGAAAAUAUCAAUUCGGAACAUCGUCUAAAAAUGUUACUGGAUCAAUAUAUGGAUAGUACAAUGCAUUUACAGGAUUUAUAUGAGGAUAAAGAUGGACAAAGGAAAGAAGAGGUUCAAGCACUCUCUGGUCCAAAUGAAUUCUCAGAAUUUUACUCGCGUUUAAAAUCGAUAAAGGAAUUUUAUCGGCGACAUCCUAAUGAAAUCAGUGUCCCUAUGUCUGUUGAAUUUGAGGAAUUAGCUAAGAUGAGAGAAAACCCAACGGAAGAAUUGUCCAAUCUUGUUGAAUUUACAGAUGAAGAAGGUUAUGGGAAAUAUCUUGAUCUUCAUGAAUGUUACCAAAAAUACAUUAAUCUUAAAGGAAUAGAAAAAAUAGAUUAUAUAACUUAUCUGUCAACCUUUGAUCAUCUAUUUGAUAUUCCUAGAGAGAGAAAGAAUGCCGAGUAUCAAAGAUAUGUUGAAUCUUUACUAGGAUAUUUGACAGAUUACCUAAGCAGAGUGAGACCUCUGCUAGAUAUUAAUACAGAGAUUGCAGAAGCUAAUAAAGAUUUUCAGACUCAUUGGGAAAAGAGCACAUUCACUGGUUGGCCCAAGGAAGCUGGAAGUGCUUUGACUCAUGUAGGAGCACACUUGGAGUUAUCUGCAUUCUCGUCAUGGGAAGAAUUAGCGUCUCUUGGUUUAGACAGAUUAAAAUCGGCUUUAAUGGCUUUAGGACUGAAGUGUGGAGGUACACUUGAGGAACGAGCACAAAGACUUUUCAGUACGAAAGGUGAAGCCUCUUUAGAUCCCAAUUUAUUAGCUAAGAAUCGGAAGGGAAAGUCAGCUAAAACUAGAGAUUCUGAAAAGCAAAAGGAAAUUGCACGUUUUGAAGCUCAUGUGUAUAGACUCGCUGAACUAAUAUCUAGUCAACGAGUAGCCACAAAGGAAAAUGUACAAAGAAAACAAGCAAGAACUGAGGGUGAAAGAGGUGAUUCUGAUGCAGAGGCAAGCGCGAGUGAAUCAGAGGAAGAGGAUGACAAUGAGGUUCCGUAUAAUCCAAAAAAUUUACCCUUGGGCUGGGAUGGAAAACCUAUUCCUUAUUGGUUGUAUAAACUGCAUGGUUUAAAUAUCAGCUACAAUUGUGAAAUUUGUGGCAAUUUCACAUAUAAAGGUCCAAAAGCAUUUCAGAGACACUUUGCGGAAUGGAGACAUGCCCAUGGCAUGCGCUGUCUUGGCAUUCCUAACACAGCACACUUUGCGAAUGUCACUCAAAUUGAAGAUGCCCUUGCGUUGUGGGAAAAACUCAAAGCACAAAAACAAGCAGAGCGUUGGCAACCUGAACAGGAGGAAGAAUUUGAAGACUCGCUUGGCAAUGUAGUCAAUCGUAAAACAUAUGAGGAUCUUAAAAGACAAGGCCUGCUAUAAAAUAAAAUAUACAAUAAAUUUUAUUACAAUGUUUAAUCAUCUGUAUCGCCAGUUUUUAUAAAAACUUUUUUUUCAUUAAAGUGUUUUUUGCCAUAAAGACAUUUUUUCAUCCGUUUGUCUUGAAACCUAUUAAAUUAUGUUAAUAUCACAUUUGAAAC